CGGCGGGGCCCCGGCCUGAAGCGGCCCGGCUGGGCUGGGCUCUCCCGGCAGCUCGCUCGCUUGGGGGGCGAACAGACGUGCACCGCAGCGUGCCCGCUGCAGGGCUGCUCAGCGGCGGCUGGGAAGAGAAGCGGCAUCAAAACAUAAUAGCUGUUCCAAAGGCAAGGAGGUAGCCCCAAAUCCCUCAUUUAGGAGCUGCAGGAGGACGGACGCCAGCCGCACCCUCGCGCGGGGGAAGCGGAGCGGCAGCGUGCGGAGGCGGGAGCGGGUGUCGCCCCCCGUCCGCAGGUGCUGCCAAGCCGCGAGACCGCUCGGCUGCGGCCGGCCCAGUGCUGCACAUCACGGCCCGGCCAGCAGGAGGAAGGAAGAGGAAGUAAGAGCCGCGGGUGCCAGUGCGAGCCCCGGGAUGGGAUAGCGCCGUGGGCAACCCAGCGCACCGCACCGAGGCGGCGGCGCGGAGCGGAGCGCGGUUCCCGCGGCGGCAGCGGCCGAGCGGCCCCGCUGUGCGCUGUGGCGGGGGGGCGCGGCUCACGCCGGAGAACUAAUACAACUGUUCAAGUCUCCCCUGAGAAUGGUGUAAAGUAAAUAUAGGAGUUCCUGAAAAAUAACGGUGUGAAUAAGAGAGUCUCUCUGCAGUAUUUAGUGUCCAGUUGUACUGGUUCUGAAGAAGUGUCACAAUGCCCCCUCCUGCUGAUAUAGUGAAGGUGGCAAUUGAAUGGCCAGGUGCCUUCCCCAAGUUAAUGGAAAUAGAUCAAAAAAAACCACUGUCCUCAAUAAUAAAAGAAGUUUGUGAUGGGUGGUCUCUUGCAAAUCAUGACCAAUUUGCACUGCAGCAUGCUGAUAGUUCUAAUUUCUACAUCACUGAGAAGAAUCGUAAUGAAAUAAAAAAUGGAGCCAUCCUUCGAUUAACAACAUCUCCGGCUCAAAAUGCACAGCAGCUCCAUGAGAGGAUCCAGUCUUCUAGUAUGGAUGCAAAGUUAGAAGCACUGAAAGACUUAGCCAACUACUCACGGGAUGUUACGUUUGCCCAAGAAUUUAUAAACCUGGAUGGGAUUUCCCUCCUAACGCAAAUGGUUGAAAGUGGCACAGAACGAUAUCAGAAAUUACAGAAGAUAAUGAAGCCCUGCUUUGGAGAUAUGUUGUCCUUUACACUGACUGCAUUUGUUGAGCUGAUGGAUCAUGGGAUUGUAUCGUGGGAUACAUUCUCUGUGGCAUUCAUUAAAAAGAUAGCAAGCUACGUGAACAAAUUUGCCUCGGACAUCUCUAUCUUGCAGCGUUCGCUGGCAAUCCUGGAAUCGAUGGUGCUCAAUAGCCAUGACCUCUACCAGAAAGUGGCACAGGAGAUCACAAUUGGGCAGCUAAUUCCACAUCUGCAAGGGACAGAUCAAGAAAUCCAGAUGUACACCAUUGCAGUAAUAAAUGCACUCUUCCUUAAGGCACCAGAUGACAAGAGGCAGGAAAUGGCAAACAUUUUGGCACAAAAGCAGCUUCGUUCCAUCAUCUUAACUCAUGUUAUCAGGACACAGAGAGCCAUCAAUAAUGAAAUGGCACAUCAGCUAUAUGUUCUGCAAGUACUUACCUUUAAUCUUCUGGAAGACAGAGUGAUGACAAAAAUGGAUCCACAGGAUCAGGCUCAGCGGGAUAUCAUAUUUGAACUCCGAAGAAUUGCAUUUGAUGCCGAAUCUGAACCUAACAACAGCAGUGGCAGUAUGGAGAAACGGAAAUCUAUGUACACUCGAGACUAUAAAAAACUUGGAUUUAUUAAUCAUGUAAACCCAGCAAUGGAUUUUACGCAGACCCCUCCUGGAAUGCUGGCCCUUGACAAUAUGCUGUACUUUGCUAAACAUCACCAGGAUGCUUAUAUUCGGAUUGUCCUGGAGAACAGCAGUCGAGAAGACAAGCAUGAGUGCCCGUUUGGCCGAAGCAGCAUUGAGCUGACAAAGAUGCUAUGUGAAAUUCUGAAAGUAGGAGAGCUACCCAGUGAGACCUGCAACGAUUUCCAUCCCAUGUUCUUCACCCAUGACAGAUCGUUUGAGGAGUUCUUCUGUAUCUGCAUUCAGCUUUUGAACAAGACAUGGAAGGAAAUGAGGGCAACUUCAGAGGAUUUUAACAAGAGGCUGGGAAAUGAAGAGUGAGGAAAACUUGGAGUUUGUACCCACUAUUGGAACUGCCUUUGCAUUGCUUGACAUUUAUAAAUUUGUCUCUUCACUUGGAAGAUGAAGAAAUCAUUCCACCUACCAUAUGCAAAGAGCGGAGGUUUCAGUGAAGAAAAUACAAGGUGGGACUUGUCUCUGUAAUGGCAAUUGCCAUGCGACAGUAUUGACAGCAUCUUUAGCUUGUAGAUGAUUGGGUCUGAAGAAAUAUGUACUCUGAAGAUCAAUUAAAGAGAGGCUCAUUAGCAGGAAGGAAGUUCUGAGCACAUGCACCAGCCCUGAGAAAGUGUGCCAGAACUCUGAUAGAGAUGGGCCUGGUGUGUGGGCUGAAUGUGAAGCAGGGUUGCUGCAGGGAGUUCAGACAGUCCUUUCUGACAGCCGCUCCUUCCUACUCAUCUUCAGAGAAAGCAGUCUUAAUAGCUUCUUGAAAUGUUUUGAAAAGGAUAAGACAGAAAAUGUCCAUAAAACCAUAUUGAUGAAAACAGACAUGAGCACAGUGAGGAGUAUGGACAGUCAUCUGGUGUCCUUCCAAAGAUGCCAAGAAAGUGGGAAAAGUUACUUUUCCUUUUCUAAUAUUUUUUUCUUAUUUUCUGUCUACUUUAUAAGAACUGAAAAUGCAAGGUUUGUUUUUAUAACUUUAGUUUUGUGUGGGCUGCUGCUUCAGUGCUUGAGGAUCUCCUCCAAUUGUCUGCAAUACCUUAUUGCCUGUCUUACUAUUAUUUAUCCAUCUUGGCAUCAGAGACGUGAAAAAAGAAAUUGCCU